AAGAUUGAAAGGGGCCAUGGAGAGGCUGCAGUCACAGUGAGGCCUCCAGAUUCAUGCCAUCAAAGUGUUUCAUGAUGACUGGGUUUUCACACCAUUUAUCCAAGGGCCCUAAUCAAUGACAGCACCAAGAAUGAAAGUAGACACAUUGGAAGCCAGAGAGUCACUGGGUGACUUCUAGAGGUAGCAACAAGCUCAUGAAGAAGGAUGAGUACGACAUUCAGUGGCUUGCACUCCCCAACCAUCCUCUCAUGUGUUGAAAAAUCUCUAGAGCUUUGGAAGGCUGAAUGGACUAAACAUGAAGAGCUUGAAAGCGAAGUUCAGGAAGAGUGACACCAAUGAGUGGAACAAGAAUGAUGACAGGCUGCUGCAGGCCGUGGAGAAUGGAGAUGCGGAGAAGGUGGCCUCAUUGCUCGGCAAGAAGGGGGCCAGUGCCACCAAACACGACAGCGAGGGCAAGACCGCUUUCCAUCUUGCUGCUGCAAAAGGACACGUGGAAUGCCUCAGGGUCAUGGUUACACAUGGUGUGGAUGUGACAGCCCAAGAUACUACCGGACACAGCGCCUUACACCUCGCAGCCAAGAACAGCCACCAUGAAUGCAUCAGGAAGCUCCUUCAGUCUAAAUGCCCAGCUGAAAGUGUUGACAGCUCUGGGAAAACAGCUUUACAUUAUGCAGCGGCGCAGGGCUGCCUUCAAGCUGUGCAGAUUCUCUGCGAACAUAAGAGCCCCAUAAACCUCAAAGAUUUGGAUGGGAAUAUACCGCUGCUUCUUGCUGUACAAAAUGGUCACAGUGAGAUCUGUCACUUUCUCCUGGAUCAUGGAGCAGAUGUCAAUUCCAGGAACAAAAGUGGAAGGACUGCUCUCAUGCUGGCCUGCGAGAUUGGCAGCUCUAACGUCGUGGAAGCCUUAAUUAAAAAGGGUGCAGACCUAAACCUUGUAGAUUCUCUUGGACACAAUGCCUUACGUUAUUCCAAACUCUCAGAAAAUGCAGGAAUUCAAAGCCUUCUAUUAUCAAAAAUCUCUCAGGAUGCUGAUUUAAAGACCCCAACAAAACCAAAGCAGCAUGACCAAGUCUCUAAAAUAAGCUCAGAAAGAAGUGGAACUCCAAAAAAACGCAAAGCUCCACCACCUCCUAUCAGUCCUACCCAGGUAAAAACAAAAGCAAACAAACAGUCAAUAAAUGCACCACAAGAAAGCCAUAAAUUUGUCAUUUUGUUUAGACCAAAAAGGAAUGCUGAGAUCAGUUCUAUACGAGAAAACAAAGACAGACUAAGUGACAGUACUACAGGUGCUGAUAGCUUAUUGGAUAUAAGUUCUGAAGCUGACCAACAAGAUCUUCUUGCCCUAUUGCAAGCAAAAGUUGCUUCCCUUACCUUACACAAUAAGGAGUUACAAGAUAAAUUACAGGCCAAAUCACCCAAGGAGGCAGAAGCAGACCUAAGCUUUGACUCAUAUCAUUCCACCCAAACUGACUUGGGCUCAUCCCUGGGAAAACCUGGUGAAACCUCUCCCCCAGACUCCAAAUCAUCUCCACCUGUCUUAAUACAUGAUUUAGGUAAAUCCACGACUGACAGUGACGUCAGAAUUCAGCAACUGCAAGAGAUUUUGCAAGAUUUACAGAAGAGAUUAGAGAGCUCUGAAGCAGAGAGAAAACAGCUACAGGUUGAACUCCAGUCCCGAAGGGCAGAACUGGUAUGCUUAAACAACACUGAGAUUUCCGAGAACAGCUCUGACCUCAGCCAGAAACUUAAAGAAACUCAGAGCAAAUACGAGGAGGCUAUGAAAGAAGUCCUUAGUGUGCAGAAGCAGAUGAAACUGGGUCUUGUCUCGCCUGAGAGCAUGGAUAAUUAUUCACAUCUCCACGAGCUGAGGGUCACGGAAGAGGAAAUAAAUGUGCUCAAGCAGGAUCUGCAGAAUGCAUUAGAAGAAAGUGAAAGAAAUAAAGAGAAAGUAAGAGAGUUAGAGGAAAAGCUGGUAGAGAGGGAGAAAGGUACAGUGAUUAAGCCACCUGUGGAAGAGUACGAGGAAAUGAAAAGUUCAUAUUGCUCUGUUAUUGAGAACAUGAAUAAGGAGAAAGCAUUUUUGUUUGAGAAAUACCAAGAGGCCCAAGAAGAAAUCAUGAAAUUAAAAGAUACACUAAAAAGUCAGAUGACACAGGAAGCCAGUGAUGAAGCUGAGGACAUGAAAGAAGCCAUGAAUAGGAUGAUAGAUGAACUCAACAAACAGGUGAGCGAGCUGUCACAGCUGUACAAAGAAGCCCAGGCUGAACUGGAGGAUUACAGGAAGAGGAAAUCUCUAGAGGAUAUCACAGCUGAAUAUAUCCAUAAAGCAGAGCAUGAGAAACUGAUGCAAUUGACAAACGUGUCCAGGGCUAAAGCAGAAGAUGCACUGUCCGAAAUGAAGUCUCAGUAUUCAAAAGUGUUGAACGAGUUGACCCAGCUCAAACAACUGGUCGAUGCACAGAAAGAGAACUCUGUCUCUAUCACAGAACAUUUGCAAGUGAUAACCACGCUGCGGACUGCAGCAAAAGAGAUGGAAGAAAAAAUAAGCAAUCUUAAGGAACACCUUGCAAGCAAGGAAGUGGAAGUAGCAAAGCUGGAGAAACAACUCUUAGAAGAGAAAGCUGCUAUGACUGAUGCAAUGGUACCCCGGUCUUCCUAUGAAAAGCUCCAGUCAUCCUUAGAGAGUGAAGUGAGUGUGUUGGCAUCGAAAUUAAAGGAAUCAGUGAAAGAGAAAGAGAAGGUCCAUUCAGAGGUUGCCCAGAUUAGAAGUGAGGUCUCACAGGUGAAAAGAGAAAAGGAAAAUAUUCAGACUCUCUUGAAAUCCAAAGAGCAAGAAGUAAAUGAACUUCUGCAAAAAUUCCAGCAAGCUCAGGAAGAACUUGCAGAAAUGAAAAGAUAUUCUGAGAGCUCUUCAAAACUGGAGGAAGAUAAGGAUAAAAAGAUAAACGAGAUGUCAAAGGAAGUCACCAAAUUGAAGGAGGCCCUGAACAGCCUCUCCCAGCUCUCCUACUCAACAAGCUCAUCCAAAAGGCAGAGUCAGCAGCUGGAGGCACUGCAGCAGCAAGUCAAACAGCUCCAGAACCAGCUGGCGGAAUGCAAGAAACAACACCAGGAGGUCAUAUCAGUUUACAGAAUGCAUCUUCUGUAUGCUGUGCAGGGCCAGAUGGAUGAAGAUGUCCAGAAAGUACUGAAGCAAAUCCUUACCAUGUGUAAAAACCAGUCUCAAAAGAAGUAAAGUGGAUUCCUUGGCAGGACACUGCCCCCCUUGUCAUCCGUCUUUGUGUUAGAUCCAGAGUUGUUGGCAGCCGCUGCCAUUGUUCUCAUGUGUGGUAUGCACUGUGGCCUAGCGUAGCUUCUUCCCUUUCCAAAGGUUUCUGAGGACUUGUCCCAGGAGAAGACUGCCUGCCUCAGAACUACUUAGAGACUUCAAACCAGCAGAGGUGAAAGUUCCUGUCAUCCCUUCAGAUUCCAGAGCUGGGAUCAGCCACGCCCAGAGGUCUGGUCCUGAUGCUGGCAGGGGGGCCCCCUCCUUCAUACCUGACCCGCUGAGUGGCUUCAUCACCACCGAGUGAUGUACUGAGGCCUCCUGCAGUGAAUAUGCUCCUUCCAUUGCUGUACUUGGGCAGUGCCAUUCAGCACAUGAGAGCUCUUUUUGCCUUUGGCUUUCAAUUCCAAAACAUGAUUUAAUUUCUAACUAAAUUAGUAUGGCACUAGUUAUGAAGUGUCUGCUUAAAACCCUUUAUCAUGGUAUCGUGUGGAUUUAAAAACUCUAAUUCCAUGUUUUCUUCCCAUCUGCCUUAUAUAUCUUAUCACUGUGCUUAUCAAUAUUCAGUUUGAUGAGCGCUAUUAACUAAAAUAUGAAACUUAAAAACAAAAGCAAGUUGUCCUUAAAAGUUCUUUUUUUUAAGUAAAUUGUUGACAUAUUGCAAAUUUUCUAUGCAAACUUGCCUCCUGCUGUUAUCCGUGAAGCUCAGGAAAUCCAAACAUUUGUGUUUCAACAAGGGACAGUAAACUGUGUUUACAGCCAAAAGAAAUGCCUCAUAGUUCUUAACCUCAAUUUUUGUAAAAGUAUUUUUUUCUCUGUAAUAUUUUUAUUGGCUCAUAAAGAUGUUUUCAUAUCUAAACCCCUAAAUAAGUGAAAUUACAGAUUAUAUUAACAAAAUACUUUUUAGGUAGCCAUGCUUGAGACUUUUUAAAAAUGUAACUUUUUCCUUAAAGUUUUCAGCUAUAGCAAAAGGUAGUUAUGUAUGCCAGACCUUCUAUGAGCUGCCACCAACACCCCUAGAACUUUCAGCCAUGGUGUCUUCAGAACUGUAGCGCAUUUCUGAAUCUAGCAAAUCCUCUUUUUACCCGUUGAAUGUUUUUGAAUGCCCUGACUCUACCAGCGCCCAUAAAUGAUCUCUGGAAGGACUGUUAGUAACAAUCUGUUUUUCAACUUUGAAGCUAAAAACCCUGAUAUGGUAAUAUUAUGGUGCAUAGCAGAGGUCUCGGGAAAAAAUAUUUCUGUUCACUUUACUUUCAGGUUCAAAAUGUUUCUAACAUGCUUGCAGCUUCCCUUAUGGCAUUAGUCUCGUUGAGGGAGAGAGACAGAAUCCAGGACUUUCCAAAGUAUUUAACGGAAAGCAGGGCCGGCUCUGACAGGGCCCACGUCCCACAGGGCUGCCUGGGCUCAGUGGGUGCUUGGCUGUGCUGGAUGAUAUGUUGAUCUGUAUUGGAUGAGGACCAAUGACAGCAAAGCAAAAAUGGCUUUAAAGCUUGGUGUUACUUUUCUUAAGUUGUUUAAUUAUAGUUAAGCAAUUUCAAAAAUGCUCCAAAGAAAUGUGAAAGGACCUUUUGUCACAGCACUUCAGAAAAUACAAAACAGCCCCUUCUGCCCCCGCACAGAAAUGCUGCAGAGUAUAUAAAACUUGAGACAUUUUUGUAGGAUGCCUGACGAGGUGUAGCCUUUUAUCUUGUUUCCGGAUGCGUAUUUAUUACGAGUACUCUGGUUAAAUAUUGAAAAGUUAUAUGCUGUAGUUUAGUAUUUUGUCUUUGUAAUUUACAGAAGUUAUUGGAGAAAAUAAUAAACUUGUUUCAUUUUGCA